AUGUCUUUCUCGCAGCUGGGGUACCCCCAGUUUCUAAGUGGCUCCCAGGAGGUUUAUGGGGGCGACCGGGCCGGCUCUGGCCGGGAUGGAGGCACCGAUGGAGGCGUGAAUCAGGCAGCUACCGCCGCUGCUGUUAGCUCGAUGCUGGGGAUGUAUGGUAACCCGUGGGCGGCUCAGAACUACAGCGCGUUUCUCCCCUACAGCGGUGCAGACCUCGCCCUCAUAUCGCAAAUGAACUCCCAGUACGAUCUGAAGGACAGUCCCGGAGUUCACCCGGGAGGUCUGGCUGUCCACACCGGCGCGGGGUUCUACCCGUAUGGCCAGUAUGGCUACGGCGACCCGAACCGAGCCAAGGCCGCCACCAGGGAGACCACCAGCACUCUGAAGGCCUGGCUGCAGGAGCACCAGAAGAACCCAUAUCCCACCAAGGGAGAGAAGAUCAUGCUGGCCAUCAUCACCAAGAUGACACUUACACAGGUGUCCACGUGGUUCGCCAACGCGCGCAGGCGUCUGAAGAAGGAGAACAAGGUGACGUGGGGCCGCAGCGCGGAGGACCGGGAUGGACGGAUCUUCAGUAGUGACAAUGAGGACGAGCCUGAGAAACAGGAGAGCGAGGAUGAAGAGGACGAGGAGAUCGAUUUAGAGAGUAUCGACAUUGAUAAGGUCGAGGAAAACCGUGGAGAUCAGAGGGAAGGGGAGGGAGAGGGGAAGCUGGCAUCGGAUUCGAGUAGCUUGGAGAGCCAGAGGAAGCUGUCUGUGGAAGCCCUCAGAGGCAUGGAGGGUCCUAUUUCUCUCAUCAAGGCGCCUGUUGGUGCUUGUAAAAACGCAGUGGAUCUUUCCCCAAAUGGACCGGGGUGCCAGAGGCCCCCACAGAACAAACCCAAAAUCUGGUCUCUGGCAGAGACAGCCACAAGCCCCGACAGUUCCCAUAAACCUUCCCCGGCUGCCUCAGCUCCUCACGCGGCCACGUCUCCCUCCCACCACCCGGCCCUACUCCCGGGUCAUGGAAUAUACACUUGCCAGAUAGGGAAGCAGCUCCACAACUGGGCCAACGCAGCGUUCCUCAGUGCCAACUCUCUUCUGGGCGUCAGGUCGCUUCUCGGCACGGCAAACCCAGCUGGACACCACAUGCCUCUCCAUGGCGCACUGAAGCGUCAGGACGCAAGGGCGACGCAGGCUUCAGGGGCAUCCGAGGACGAGAGUGGAGAUGAGUCGUCGGAGAGCUUCAGUCCAAAGCGAGAUGAUGACGUGAAUAUUCGCAGGUCUGGCUCGCCGAAGUCUCCCUUCCAGCUGAUCACCGACAGAUCUCACCACGGAACCGCGCAGCGCGCUCUCUCGACCAUUUCCACAAUAUGA